GGGGGGUGCUAGAGCUGGUGAGUUUUUGUGGUGGUUGUGCUGUCGGUGAGGGGACAACCCAGAGCCACGCCCCGACCCGAGGUCCCUCAGUCGCCUUUUUCCUCGCCUAUCUCUGCGCCGGACCUGGUGCGUACCUAUCCCCGGAGAGGGGAUCGCCGGCUCGGAGGUGCUAUCUCUUUAUCCACACUCAGAUAAAACAAAAUGCCCUUCAAUGACGAGAAGCAGUGUGUGGGUGAGGACCAGCAGAGCGAUUCAGACUCUUCCCGGUUUUCCGAAAGCAUGGCUUCGCUCAGUGACUAUGAGUGCUCCAGGCAGAGCUUUACCAGCGACUCCUCCAGCAAAUCCAGCUCUCCUGCUUCAACAAGCCCUCCCAGGGUUGUAACAUUUGACGAAGUGAUGGCUGCCACAAGGAACUUAUCAAAUAUGACUCUUGCUCACGAAAUUGCUGUAAACGAGAACUUUCAGUUGAAACAAGAUGCCUUCCCUGAGAACAGUUUGGCUGGUCGAGUGAAGCACAUUGUUCACCAGGCCUUCUGGGACGUCUUGGAGUCAGAGCUAAAUGCAGAGCCUCCUGAGUAUGAACAUGCCAUCAAACUGUUUGAAGAAAUCAGAGAGAUUCUUCUCUCCUUUUUGACGCCUGGUGGCAACAGACUUCGCAACCAGAUCUGUGAAGUUUUGGACACAGAUCUCAUUAGGCAGCAGGCUGAGCACAGUGCUGUUGACAUCCAUGGCCUGGCCAAUUAUGUCAUCAGCACAAUGGGAAAGCUGUGUGCUCCCGUGCGCGAUGACGACAUCAGAGAGUUAAAGGCGACUGGCAACAUCGUGGAAACGCUGAGACAAAUAUUUCAUGUCCUGGACCUCAUGAAAAUGGACAUGGUCAAUUUUACAAUUAGGAGUCUUAGACCGCAUCUUCAGCGCCAGUUGGUGGAUUAUGAGCGAACCAAAUUCCAGGAGAUUUUAGAAGAAACUCCAGGUGCUCUUGAUCAAACUACAGAAUGGAUAAAAGAAUCUGUGAAUGAAGAAUUACUUUCUCUUUCUGAGACCGCUUUAACUCCUGGGGCUGAAAGUAGUUCCAAACCAAGUCUGAGCCCUACAUUGGUGCUAAAUAACAGUUACUUGAAACUAUUACAGUGGGAUUACCAGAAAAAAGAAUUACCAGAGACACUCAUGACAGAUGGAGCACGUCUUCAGGAACUGACAGAAAAACUGAAUCAAUUGAAAAUUAUUGCCUGCCUGUCCCUAAUUACCAACAACAUGGUGGGUGCUAUUACAGAAGGCCUACCUGAGCUUGCAAACAGGUUAAAAAGGAUUUCAGCUGUUCUACUUGAAGGCAUGAACAAAGAGACAUUUAACUUGAAGGAAGUCCUGAAUUCGAUUGGUGUUCAGACUUGUGUUGAGGUUAACAAGACCCUAAUGGAAAGAGGUUUAUCCACAUUAAAUGCUGAGGUUCAAGCUAAUCUUGUAGGUCAGUUUUCAGGCAUCGAAGAGGAGGAUAAUCCUAUCUCAUGCUUGAUUGAUAAACGAAUCCAGAUGUACAUGAAAAGCCUACUUUGUCUUCCAAGCCCUCAAAAAUGCAUGCCUCCCAUACCAGGAGGCCUUGCUGUCAUUCAGCAGGAGCUAGAAGUGCUGGGAUCUCAAUAUGCAAACAUUGUGAAUCUCAACAAACAAGUUUAUGGACCAUUUUAUGCCAAUAUACUUCGAAAGCUGCUCUUCAAUGAGGAAGCCAUGGGGAAGGCAGAAGCUUCAUUUCCUACAAAUUAAAGAGAAACUGACAUUGAAUAAGAGAAUUGGAAAUCUAGCACUUGGGUACCCCAUCCCUUCCCAUCGACAGCAUUACAGAUGCGGCACAUUCUCAGUACUGUCUGUCCGAGGUGCAGUGUUAGCCUGAAUCUGUGUAACUCCAGUUAUAUUAGCAUUAGAGAAGACAUUCACAUUAUAUAAACCCUACUUGUACAUCAUUUUCAUGUUCAAAAGAGACAUUUUUAAUGAACAGCCUGCAAUUUGUAAUUAAUUAUAAAUGUGUUCUUGUAAAUGUUUUCUAAAGCAUUUAUAUUUGAUUUCUUCAUUCAGUCCUCAAGGAGUUGAAUUUCCUGACUUGUCACCAUCAAAUCUAAUGUAUUUUUAACUUUGGUACAACUUCUUAAAGGGUUGUAGGUUGUAAGAAUAACCAAGGGGAUGGACAUUCUGAAUCAAUGAUGUGAAGUAAGCAUAAUUGUAUUUGAAAUGUACAAUGACAUUUUAUUAAUGUGUACUAGAAACUUACCUAUUAAGUCCUUAGAUUCCACAAGUGUACCAAAUUACCUUUUAUAACACCAGUUGUCAGUAUUUGUUUAAAAUUUAAAUAUAUUAAGUACAUUUUAAAGCUAUAAACAAAUUUUAGGUAAGACCUCCCUUGUUUGUUUAAACAAAUCCCUUCUAAAAUUUUAUUCUAGAAAUUGGUUUCUUCAUGCAACUUAACCUGCUCCUGGAGAGAAACAAUUUUUGCACAAGUAUUUAAGUGAAUGUCCUUGCAUUUCUCAGGCUAUUAAUAAAAUUUAUAUAAGAUUUUAAUAUUUUUAUGUAAGGCAGAACUAGAAUUGGUUUACUUGUAAGAAGCAGCAGGAAAGUUAACAAGAAAACGAGAUGUCUCGAGUGAAGUUCACAUCUGGAAAAAGAAACAGUUGAACUCUGGAUUUCUUAAGCAUAUAGCUUAACCAGCAAAUGCCUUUUGUACUGAUUAAAUUCUUAUCCCUUUGCGACCACAAUGCUUUUCUAAGUGUCAUUAUCUUGCCAAGCUUGAGCAGUAAUUCAGGCUUUGCAAAGCUGGGUGCUAGUUAUUGAGUUUUAAGAAACCUGCUUGUCUUGGAAUUAUGUACUACUUUUGAAAUGUUAAGGGAAGCAGUAUAGUUUGGAUGUACUCAAUCUGGAAAGUACUUUAUUUGCAUAAAAUAUAUUUUUAUUGUUUUGCUUUCUAAGGACUCAUUGAACCUUAGUAACUGAGGGUAGGGGACAAGGUUUAGGAAGUAAAAAAAUGUUCCUUUCUUCUCCAACUUCUUUUCCUUACCACUACCUCCACUAUUAUGGUGUUGCUUAAUUAUUUUAUAAAGUUCUAGGAAAUGAUUGUGUGAAUAAAUUAUCUCCAAUCUUUACAUUUGGAGGACUCUGCCAAAAUUUGAGGAAAUUCUGAAUGUCAUUUCUUUUUCUCACAGCAACCAAUGCCUAAAUCAGCCAUUCUUUCUAUUUACGAAGCUGUGUAAAUGGAAUCUUAUUGAAAAGCACAUCAUUGGUCUUAUCCAGGUUUUUUCUCUUCCAAUAUUUCUGUUAUAUCCAUAUUUUCCUAUGCUUAGAGAACAUAAGGUGCUGGAGACUUUUGCUUUCAUUUUCUCUUAAGCUGUAGUAAAGUAUGUUUUCAACUGUGCUCACUUUGGGGCAUUGGAAGUAGGAAGGGUCUGAUAAUAGGCAGGUAAUACAUAGCAUGAUUUUUUUCUUGUAUACUUAACAGGAAGACCAGGUGGUGCAUUUUUUCAUUUUCAGAUUGGAAUCUAGCUGGUAUUCUUAUAUAUAUUUGUCUAUGCUGCACUUGCCAGCAGAAAAACAAUGUGCAAAUAUUUUUAAAUGUAUUUAAAAUGAAGGGCAUUCUGUAUUUUGUUUUGUUUUGCUUUUUAAGUGGCAAAAUAAAUCUGAACAUCUCAA